AUGGCCUUCUUUCAAUUGAAGUACUGGCUCGGAAAGGCCCAGGUGCCUACAGAUCCUGGGUUAUCAACGGCGCAGCUCAUGUUGACAAAUGAUGAUCUUCGGCCAGUUGAGCCUGAACGUCGCCAGUGGGGGUGGUUGAAUUUUGUUGCAUUCUGGAUUGCGGAUUCCUUGAACGUGAACACCUGGAUGAUAUCCUCCUCGAUGAUAGUAGAUGGCCUUUCUUGGUGGCAAUCAUGGUUAUGCGUCUGGAUAGGUUACACAAUUUCAGCUCUUUUCGUCUGUCUCAUUGGCCGUAUCGCCGCCGUCUAUCGCAUUCCAUUUGCGGUGACCAAUCGAGCUUCAUUUGGCAUCUGGGGCUCAUUUUGGCCAAUCGUCAACCGGGCCGCAAUGGCCGUUAUUUGGUACGGUGUACAGGACCUGGAGAUAAUUCUGACCUUUUACUUAAUCAUAUUUUGCUCAGGUGAAUGUGUAACGUUGAUGAUUGCAGCCAUAUGGCCCAGCUACAACAAAUUGCCUAAUUCAAUCCCUGUGUCUGCGGGAGUGACUACAAAACAGUUUGUGAGCUUUCUGAUUUUUUGGCUAAUGUCUUUACCGGCUCUUUGGUUUCCCAUUUAUAAGAUCAGGCAUCUUUUCACGGUCAAAGCAUAUUUCUCGCCAGCUUGUGCUAUCGCAUUCUUUGGUUGGGCUAUUGCCCGCGCUCAUGGACUUGGUCCAAUCAUAACCCAGCCAAACACCGUACAAGGCAGUGCUUUAGCUUGGGCGUUUGUGAAGAGUAUCAUGAACUGCAUUGCAAACUUUGCUGCCCUUGUCAUCAACAACCCAGAUUUUACGCGAUAUGCUCGCGAUCCGAAGGAUUCGCUAUGGCCACAGCUGGUGACAAUCCCUGUUGGUUUUGCCGUCACCUCCUUUAUCGGCAUCAUUGUUUCCUCUUCUUCGAGCGUGAUUUUCGGUCAAGCCGUCUGGAACCCUUUGACGCUCCUUGGGAUGUUCUUAGAAGGAGCAAGCUCCGCCGAGAGGUUUGGAAUCUUCGUCAUUGCGGCAGGCUUUGCUCUUGCGCAGCUGGGGACAAAUAUUGCCGCAAACUCGGUAUCAGCAGGUACUAACCUCACUGCCCUCUUACCUCGAUUUUGUACGAUCCGACGUGGUGGAUACCUAUGCGCGGCUAUUGGGCUUGCGAUGUGUCCUUGGACCCUGGUUGCAUCUUCCAGCAAGUUCACGCUCUAUCUCUCCGCGUACUCGGUCUUUCUUUCUGCAAUUGCAGGGGUCAUGGCAAGCGACUAUUAUCUAGUACGCAAAGGAUAUCUUGAUAUCCAAGCUUUGUAUAGCGCUCGCAAAGAUGGCCCAUAUUACGGUAACUUCGGAAUCUCAUGGCAUGGAUAUGCCGCCUAUCUGUGCGGCAUUCUGAUCAAUAUUGUUGGCUUUGCGGGGGCUGUCGGGGUCGAUGUCCCCGUUGGAGCAAAAUACAUUUACGAUAUCAACUAUUUUUCGGGGUUUAUUGCCUCUGGGGCAGUGUACUGGAUUCUGGCCAGCCUAUUUCCUAUUCCUGCGACAAGCGACAGAUGGAAUGAAAUUCCCUACGAACCGCAUCACAUGUCAGACGCGGAGGAGAAGAAAGUGGAAGAUGUGUGA